UUCCAAACUCUCUUGCUUUAAGACUGUGUUUACCUGGUUCCGCCUGAGGGUGUCCACAGGACUCCAAGGUACUUAAAAGCAGGAGCUGAGAUCCGGUAGUUUCCAAUUGCACUGCUUCAGAGUUUGCACCAAGAUCACUCCACUGAAACCUUAAAUCUUCCAUUCAAAAUGGGAAAACAGAAGGCAGUGAUUAAAAAACUUGAAAAUUCAUUCAAAAUACAGAAUCUGUUGGGAAGACAAUGUCUUGCGGAAUGUUUAGGGACGUUAAUUCUUGUGCUAUUUGGUUGUGGAGCUUUAGCACAAGCUACCCUCAGCAGAGGUACACACGGACAGUUUUUGACGGUUAAUUUUGCCUUCGGUUUUUCGGUGAUGCUUGGGGUGCUCAUAGCUGGUCAAGUGUCAGGAGCUCACCUGAAUCCUGCUGUGACCUUCACCAUGUGCCUACUUGCCCGCGAGCCCUGGAUAAAGUUUCCUCUUUACUCGUUGGCACAAAUAGUUGGUGCCUUCUUGGCAUCAGGCAUUAUCUUUGGUUUGUAUUUUGAUGCUUUGUGGGACUUCAGUGGUCAAGACAAACUGUUAGUUUAUGGUCCUAAUGCCACAGCUGGGAUUUUUGCUACAUACCCAUCUGAACACUUAAGUCCAACCAAUGGCUUUUUUGACCAGAUGAUUGGGACCGCUGCUCUUAUUGUGUGCAUCCUCACUAUAGUGGAUAAAUGGAAUAACCCAGUGCCCAGGGGACUGGAGGCGUUUACAGUUGGAUUCACGGUGUUGGUAAUUGGCUUGUCGAUGGGAUUCAACUCUGGCUAUGCUGUGAACCCUGCACGAGACUUCGGACCUCGUUUGUUUACAUCAAUGGCCGGCUGGGGAGCUGAUGUUUUUAUUGCUGGAAACUACUGGUUUUGGAUCCCUAUUUUUGCCCCACUCCUUGGUUCUGUUCUCGGGGCUCUGGUGUAUCAGCUCAUGAUUGGGAUUCACCUUGAGCCUGAUGAGCAGAGUUCACCAAUUGGAGAAGAAAAUAUAAAACUAGCAAAUAUAAAACUGAGAGAAAGUUUCUGAUGCAUUAUAGAUCGCAUGUGUCAACUUAAUAUUAUCAAUAUCCUUGUUUUUCUCUUGCUAAAACUCAAUAUUUAGAUCCUUUGAACAUUAUAUUAUUUUAACAACCUUCUUGGAAUGCUGAAGCUUUUUACAAUUUAUCUUGACAAAGUCCUGAUAUAUUUCCAGUGCCAUGAAAUAAACAGAAAUAACCAUGGACAUUUUCACAUUAGCAUAUAGUUUAAUUAUGACACGAAAACAAGUAUUAAAAACAGUCAGUCAUUUGCAGAGAAGUUCUGACUUGACAAGUGUUUACUGGCAUAGAGCAAUAAUUCUGACCUAAGUGAUAUAUUCAUUGAAAUCAGAAUUUGUCAAAACAGCUUGGUCUGUAACUGACCCAGAAGGUCUUUAUUUACCACAUUUCACUGUCCUUCAGGAAGGGACACUAGUUACAAAAGUCGCAGUAUUUUACAAAAGCAGGCAAUAUUUCACCUGCUUUAUGUGUGAGAAAACAAAUCACUGGCUUGUUCUUUCCUGAGGAUAUUUCAUUGGUCCAGUUUCACUCUAGGCAGAAGCCUGAGUUUUACAGUUUAACAAAUUAGGAAGAAUUUGGAGCUUGCUUGCAGGUUCCUCAGGCCUGUUAUUGGUUUGGUGAUUUCAACAACUAAUUUGAACAUUUGAUCAUUUCAAUCUGUGGCUAGUUGGUUAGAGACCUAUGUAAAUUCAUGUUCACAGAUCAUCGGGUAUGCCUAUGAGAAAGUUAUAAAACAGGGAUUCACAACCUUUUUUAUGCAAUAGACCUCUACCAUUAACUGAGAGGUCUGUGGACCCCAGGUUGGGGACCUCUGUUAUAGAAGGUUCACUCUUUUUAAAGCUAGUUUAUAUCUAGUGGCCAUAGAGAUGCAAUAUUAACUAUUAACUCUGUUUUAAAUGAUUGCCUCGUGACUGAAUACACUUGACUCUUGUACACUAUGCUAUAGUAUAAGAUCCAUUGGAAGUAUUGUGAUAAUCAAUUUAUUUAUCAAUAGGAACAUACAUCAGGACCUAUAAUCUGAAACAUUAAGUCUGAUAUUGUCUAAUUAUGUUCAGUAAUAGAGUAGAUUGUAUUUGUUAUCUUAAAUCUGAACAGAAAUGACUGUAAAUUACAUCAAAGGUGGAAGUCCUUUGAGGUGAACAUUUGCUAUAUCUUUAGCUCCCACCACAAACUAUGGUAAUCUUUGUUCCAGCCAUUACCUUCCACUGAAUUUGCCACCUUAUAUCUGAUCCUGAUCAACCUCACACCCUCCUCAAAGAGAUUUCCUCAUUGCACAUCCAUAUCAUUCAGUUCUGAUGAAGGGUCUCAACCUGAGUUGUUGACUGUCCAUUUCCCUUUAGGGAAUCUGCCUGACCUUCUGUGUUCCUCCAGCUUUUUGUGUGUUGCUCCAUAUCCGGGCUUAGUCCAAUUCCUGAUAAAACCUUCCUGAUAUAUAUUUGUUAUUUUCAGACACAAAUUGGAAAGCUCUUUAAAGCCAGGAACGUGAAUCAGGAUGUGGAUCAAACUGUGAGUUCUUGCAGAUAUUUCUAGUUCCACCCUGGAAAUUCUAGAUGCACAGGAGCUCAGCACUGCAAUUGUUUUGAAGGUCAUUGGUAAGGUGGUCCCUCCCAUGUUCUGAGGGUGAAUUUGUGAUUGCAGCAAGUGGCAAACUUCAGAUCUUUACUGAGGCACUGAAGCACUUUCCCUAAGUGGAAAUUGUCUUCUCUUGUGGCCUUUUCCCAUCUUUCUUUUCCUAAUCACCCAGUUAGACCAUGAGACACGGGAGCAGAAUUAGGCUACUUUUUCCAUCGAGAUUGCUCUGCCACUCGAUCAUGGCUGAUUUAUUUUUCUUCUGAACCCCUUUCGCAGGCCUUCGCCCCAUAAUCUUUGAUGUAUUUACUAAUUAAGUCCCUGUCAACCUAUGGUUUAAAUAUACCCUUUACCUAAUGGGGCUUGUAGAACAGAAAUAUUACUUUACAACUCCAGGCCUUUAAAAAAAGUUACAUUUUUUUGUAUUAUAUUUUAAAUAAUAGAAUGUAAAUAUGGUAGAGCUUGCUCAUUUAGGGUGUCUUUUUUGGUUUUAGUUUCAUUAAGAAUAGUUCAGAAAACAUUCUUUAUAUAAAAUCAGCAGGUUAGAUAAUUUGAUGGUUGACAACGAACUCUUCAUUGUUCUGUUGGGUGUAGCUGAAGCACCGGGAAGAAAAUGCUAAGCUUCAUGCUCACUCUGUGUAAUAACUUGCAAAAUGUUAAUAGAAGUGAAAGCACAAAUGAGACAGAAGGUGUUUCCUAUGACCAUAGAAUAGUACUGCACAGUCAAGGCCCCUCAGCCCAUAAUGUUGUGCUGGCCAUCUAACUACCAUCAACACCAUCUAGUUCAGCAAAUAAAGGCACUGGCUGAAAUUCAUUUUGGAUCAAGCUUUAAGAUAAGUCUCAGACAAACUAUGAAGACUUUACUGAUGAUAAAUAAAUCCAAUAUUCUUACCUACACCGAGAAUCAGGUGUUGGAACUCAAAAUUAUGGAAAUAUUAGCAGGUGAGGUAGUGUGGGCAGAUGCAGCCUGGCCUGCUGAGUUAAUAAAGCAAAUUGGGUGUGUUACCUCUGAUAUCCCACCUAUAUUUCCCUCCAAUCAACUUAAAAUUAUGCCCUCUAAUAUUAGCUAUUUUCACCCUGAGGAAAAUGAUGCUGGAUGUCCACUCUAUCAAUACCUCUUAUCAUUUUAUAAACCUCUAUCAAGUCAACUCUCAUCCUUCUUUGCUCCAAAGGGAAAAACCCUAGUUUGCGUAACCUCUCCUUAUAAGACAUGCUGUUUAAUCCAGGCGGCAUCCUGGUAAGUCUUGUCUGAACCCUCUCUAAAGCUUCCAAAUCCUUCCUACAAUGAGGUGACCAGAACUGAACACAAUAUUACAAGUGUGGUCUAAUCAUAGUUUUAUACAGCUGCAACAUUACCUCAUGGCUCUUAAAUCUUCUUAGCCACCCAGUCAACUUGUGUGGCAACUUGACUGAUCAAUGGACGUGGACCCUAAGAUCCCCCUAUUCCUUCACACUGCUAAGAAUUCUUCCAUUUAUGCUGUACUCUCCCAACAAGUUCAACCUCCCAAAGUGAAUCACCUCACACUCUUCUGGGCUAAACUCCAUCUGCCACUUCUUGGCCCAGCUCUGCACCCUAUAAGUGUCACAUUGUAAGCCUUGACCACUUUCUACACUAUCCACAAUGCUACCAAUCUUUAUGUCUUCUGCAAGCCUACUAAUCUACCCCUCCUCUUUGUCAUUCACUCUCAUCCCUAAGCUUACCAUCCUUCAGAGAAUCAUUUUAUUUUUAUAUAUGAAUAAGCUGCAUGUAAAGCUUUCUAUUACCUAUAUAUGCGAUUUGCAUUUAAAUUUUGCUUAUUCUAAAAGGAAGCAAGUUUUUUUAAAGUUGUUACAUUUUGGCUAUGUUGCUACAUUAUUGAGCAUAUCAUGGUAACCUUUCAGUUCAUCUUUCAAUAAAAGUUUGAAAAAUGUG